AUGGAGAGCCUGGGCCUCUGGUGUGACACUCCUCUGGUGCUCUUUGAGGUCCUGCUGGGUAUGCAGUGCGGGGGUGGGGACUGCCCCCCUACCCUCCCGUCUUCCCUGCUGUCCUGGUCACGGGGACACAGGAAAUGUCCCACCGGCUGCACCCCCUCCCUCCUGGCUCACUUUCUCCUUCUGUCCCAAGUGACUUCGCUGGCCUGGAAGGACCAUGUUCCUGGGGAAGCUACUGCUGCUACCACAGAUGUGUCCACAGCUGGCCAGUGGAUCCCAUAUACCACCUACCAUGAUUCCUUGUCUUCCUCACGGACUCCUGUGCGAACAACGACAGAAGAAACAUGGCCGAGCACGAUCAUCCAAGAAUCCACCCCAGAUUUCCCACCUGGAUUGGAACUGCGACUCGUGAAUGGAGGUGGCCGUUGCCAGGGCCGGGUGGAGGUCCUGUACCAGGGUUCCUGGGGCACCGUGUGUGACGACGGCUGGGACAUCAAUGACGCCCAGGUGGUGUGCAGACAGCUGGGCUGUGGCAUGGCUGUGUCAGCCCCAGGAAAUGCGCGGUUUGGUCAGGGCCCUGGCCAGAUUGUCCUGGACGAUGUGAGCUGCUCAGGGCAUGAGGCGUACCUGUGGAGCUGCCACCACCGCGGCUGGCUCUUGCACAACUGUGGACACCAGGAGGACGCAGGGGUCAUCUGCUCAGAUGCCGUGCCCACGACCACACCCCUACCAGAAACAUGGCCGACCACGAUCAUCCAAGAAUCCACCCCAGAUUUCCCACCUGGAUUGGAACUGCGACUCGUGAAUGGAGGUGGCCGUUGCCAGGGCCGGGUGGAGGUCCUGUACCAGGGUUCCUGGGGCACCGUGUGUGACGACGGCUGGGACAUCAAUGACGCCCAGGUGGUGUGCAGACAGCUGGGCUGUGGCAUGGCUGUGUCAGCCCCAGGAAAUGCGCGGUUUGGUCAGGGCCCUGGCCAGAUUGUCCUGGACGAUGUGAGCUGCUCAGGGCAUGAGGCGUACCUGUGGAGCUGCCACCACCGCGGCUGGCUCUUGCACAACUGUGGACACCAGGAGGACGCAGGGGUCAUCUGCUCAGAUGCCGUGCCCACGACCACACCCCUACCAGAAACAUGGCCGAGCACGAUCAUCCAAGAAUCCACCCCAGAUUUCCCAUCUGGAUUGGAACUGCGACUCGUGAAUGGAGGUGGCCGUUGCCAGGGCCGGGUGGAGGUCCUGUACCAGGGUUCCUGGGGCACCGUGUGUGACGACGGCUGGGACAUCAAUGACGCCCAGGUGGUGUGCAGACAGCUGGGCUGUGGCAUGGCUGUGUCAGCCCCAGGAAAUGCGCAGUUUGGUCAGGGCCCUGGCCAGAUUGUCCUGGACGAUGUGAGCUGCUCAGGGCAUGAGGCGUACCUGUGGAGCUGCCACCACCGCGGCUGGCUCUUGCACAACUGUGGACACCAGGAGGACGCAGGGGUCAUCUGCUCAGAUGCCGUGCCCACGACCACACCCCUACCAGAAACAUGGCCGACCACGAUCAUCCAAGAAUCCACCCCAGUGGAUAUAUCCGGUUUGCAACUGAGACUGGUGAAUGGAAGUGACCGGUGUGAGGGCCGGGUGGAGGUCCUGUACCAGGGUUCCUGGGGCACCGUGUGUGACGACAGCUGGGACCUCAAUGACGCUCACGUGGUGUGCAGACAGCUGGGCUGUGGCACGGCCCUGUCCGCCCCAGCCAGUGCCCGGUUCGGUCAGGGCUCGGGGUCGAUUGUCCUGGAUGACGUGAGCUGCUCAGGCAGCGAGCCCAACCUGUGGAGCUGUUCCCACCGUGGCUGGCUCUCCCAUAACUGUGGACACCACGAGGACGCGGGGGUCGUCUGCUCAGGACCAGAUUCGCGUUUGGCUGUGAGACUGGUGAAUGGAGGAAACCAGUGCCAGGGCCGGGUGGAGGUCCUGUACCGGGGCUCCUGGGGCACCGUGUGUGACGACAACUGGGACAUCAACGACGCCAGCGUGGUCUGCAGGCAGCUGGGCUGUGGCUGGGCUGUGUCAGCCCCAGGAAGUGCCAGCUUCGGGCAGGGUUCGGGAUCCAUUUUCUUGGAUGACGUGUCCUGCUCGGGCCAAGAGCCGUACCUGUGGAACUGCUCACACAGUGGCUGGCUCUCCCACAACUGUGGCCACCAGGAGGACGCAGGAGUCAUCUGCUCAGAUGGAUUGACAACCACAGCGCCACCUGUAUCCACCACAGUGGAUAUAUCCGGUUUGCAACUGAGACUGGUGAAUGGAAGUGACCGGUGUGAGGGCCGGGUGGAGGUCCUGUACCAGGGUUCCUGGGGCACCGUGUGUGACGACAGCUGGGACCUCAAUGACGCUCACGUGGUGUGCAGACAGCUGGGCUGUGGCACGGCCCUGUCCGCCCCAGCCAGUGCCCGGUUCGGUCAGGGCUCGGGGUCGAUUGUCCUGGAUGACGUGAGCUGCUCAGGCAGCGAGCCCAACCUGUGGAGCUGUUCCCACCGUGGCUGGCUCUCCCAUAACUGUGGACACCACGAGGACGCGGGGGUCGUCUGCUCAGGACCAGAUUCGCGUUUGGCUGUGAGACUGGUGAAUGGAGGAAACCAGUGCCAGGGCCGGGUGGAGGUCCUGUACCGGGGCUCCUGGGGCACCGUGUGUGACGACAACUGGGACAUCAACGACGCCAGCGUGGUCUGCAGGCAGCUGGGCUGUGGCUGGGCUGUGUCAGCCCCAGGAAGUGCCAGCUUCGGGCAGGGUUCGGGAUCCAUUUUCUUGGAUGACGUGUCCUGCUCGGGCCAAGAGCCGUACCUGUGGAACUGCUCACACAGUGGCUGGCUCUCCCACAACUGUGGCCACCAGGAGGACGCAGGAGUCAUCUGCUCAGAUGGAUUGACAACCACAGCGCCACCUGUAUCCACCACAGUGGAUAUAUCUGGUUUGCAACUGAGACUGGUGAAUGGAAGUGACCGGUGUGAGGGCCGGGUGGAGGUCCUGUACCAGGGUUCCUGGGGCACCGUGUGUGACGACAGCUGGGACCUCAAUGACGCUCACGUGGUGUGCAGACAGCUGGGCUGUGGCACGGCCCUGUCCGCCCCAGCCAGUGCCCGGUUCGGUCAGGGCUCGGGGUCGAUUGUCCUGGAUGACGUGAGCUGCUCAGGCAGCGAGCCCAACCUGUGGAGCUGUUCCCACCGUGGCUGGCUCUCCCAUAACUGUGGACACCACGAGGACGCGGGGGUCGUCUGCUCAGGACCAGAUUCGCGUUUGGCUGUGAGACUGGUGAAUGGAGGAAACCAGUGCCAGGGCCGGGUGGAGGUCCUGUACCGGGGCUCCUGGGGCACCGUGUGUGACGACAACUGGGACAUCAACGACGCCAGCGUGGUCUGCAGGCAGCUGGGCUGUGGCUGGGCUGUGUCAGCCCCAGGAAGUGCCAGCUUCGGGCAGGGUUCGGGAUCCAUUUUCUUGGAUGACGUGUCCUGCUCGGGCCAAGAGCCGUACCUGUGGAACUGCUCACACAGUGGCUGGCUCUCCCACAACUGUGGCCACCAGGAGGACGCAGGAGUCAUCUGCUCAGAUGGAUUGACAACCACAGCGCCACCUGUAUCCACCACAGUGGAUAUAUCCGGUUUGCAACUGAGACUGGUGAAUGGAAGUGACCGGUGUGAGGGCCGGGUGGAGGUCCUGUACCAGGGUUCCUGGGGCACCGUGUGUGACGACAGCUGGGACCUCAAUGACGCUCACGUGGUGUGCAGACAGCUGGGCUGUGGCACGGCCCUGUCCGCCCCAGCCAGUGCCCGGUUCGGUCAGGGCUCGGGGUCGAUUGUCCUGGAUGACGUGAGCUGCUCAGGCAGCGAGCCCAACCUGUGGAGCUGUUCCCACCGUGGCUGGCUCUCCCAUAACUGUGGACACCACGAGGACGCGGGGGUCGUCUGCUCAGGACCAGAUUCGCGUUUGGCUGUGAGACUGGUGAAUGGAGGAAACCAGUGCCAGGGCCGGGUGGAGGUCCUGUACCGGGGCUCCUGGGGCACCGUGUGUGACGACAACUGGGACAUCAACGACGCCAGCGUGGUCUGCAGGCAGCUGGGCUGUGGCUGGGCUGUGUCAGCCCCAGGAAGUGCCAGCUUCGGGCAGGGUUCGGGAUCCAUUUUCUUGGAUGACGUGUCCUGCUCGGGCCAAGAGCCGUACCUGUGGAACUGCUCACACAGUGGCUGGCUCUCCCACAACUGUGGCCACCAGGAGGACGCAGGAGUCAUCUGCUCAGAUGGAUUGACAACCACAGCGCCACCUGUAUCCACCACAGUGGAUAUAUCCGGUUUGCAACUGAGACUGGUGAAUGGAAGUGACCGGUGUGAGGGCCGGGUGGAGGUCCUGUACCAGGGUUCCUGGGGCACCGUGUGUGACGACAGCUGGGACCUCAAUGACGCUCACGUGGUGUGCAGACAGCUGGGCUGUGGCACGGCCCUGUCCGCCCCAGCCAGUGCCCGGUUCGGUCAGGGCUCGGGGUCGAUUGUCCUGGAUGACGUGAGCUGCUCAGGCAGCGAGCCCAACCUGUGGAGCUGUUCCCACCGUGGCUGGCUCUCCCAUAACUGUGGACACCACGAGGACGCGGGGGUCGUCUGCUCAGGACCAGAUUCGCGUUUGGCUGUGAGACUGGUGAAUGGAGGAAACCAGUGCCAGGGCCGGGUGGAGGUCCUGUAUCGGGGCUCCUGGGGCACCGUGUGUGACGACAGCUGGGACAUCAACGACGCCAGCGUGGUCUGCAGGCAGCUGGGCUGUGGCUGGGCUGUGUCAGCCCCAGGAAGUGCCAGCUUCGGGCAGGGUUCGGGAUCCAUUUUCUUGGAUGACGUGUCCUGCUCGGGCCAAGAGCCGUACCUGUGGAACUGCUCACACAGUGGCUGGCUCUCCCACAACUGUGGCCACCAGGAGGACGCAGGAGUCAUCUGCUCAGAUGGAUUGACAACCACAGCGCCACCUGUAUCCACCACAGUGGAUAUAUCCGGUUUGCAACUGAGACUGGUGAAUGGAAGUGACCGGUGUGAGGGCCGGGUGGAGGUCCUGUACCAGGGUUCCUGGGGCACCGUGUGUGACGACAGCUGGGACCUCAAUGACGCUCACGUGGUGUGCAGACAGCUGGGCUGUGGCACGGCCCUGUCCGCCCCAGCCAGUGCCCGGUUCGGUCAGGGCUCGGGGUCGAUUGUCCUGGAUGACGUGAGCUGCUCAGGCAGCGAGCCCAACCUGUGGAGCUGUUCCCACCGUGGCUGGCUCUCCCAUAACUGUGGACACCACGAGGACGCGGGGGUCGUCUGCUCAGGACCAGAUUCGCGUUUGGCUGUGAGACUGGUGAAUGGAGGAAACCAGUGCCAGGGCCGGGUGGAGGUCCUGUACCAGGGCUCCUGGGGCACCGUGUGUGACGACAGCUGGGACAUCAACGACGCCAGCGUGGUCUGCAGGCAGCUGGGCUGUGGCUGGGCUGUGUCAGCCCCAGGAAGUGCCAGCUUCGGGCAGGGUUCGGGAUCCAUUUUCUUGGAUGACGUGUCCUGCUCGGGCCAAGAGCCGUACCUGUGGAACUGCUCACACCGUGGCUGGAUCUCCCACAACUGUGGCCACCACGAGGACGCAGGAGUCAUCUGCUCAGAUGGAUUGACAACCACAGCGCCACCUGUAUCCACCACAGCUUCUGUUCCCAAUGUCUCCAUCUCAAAUGCAAGUUAUUCCUGUGGAGGCUUCCUGUCCCAACCGUCAGGACGCUUUUCCAGUCCCUUCUAUCCUGGGAACUAUCCCAACAACGCCAGAUGUGUGUGGGACAUUGAGGUCCAAAACAACUACCAAGUGACCGUGACCUUCAGUGAUGUCCAGCUGGAAGGCGGCUGCCACUAUGAUUAUAUCGAAGUCUUCGACGGCCCCUACCACAGCUCCCCCCUCAUCGCUCGGGUCUGCGACGGGGCUCAGGGCUCCUUCACCUCUUCCUCAAACUUCCUGUCGGUUCGCUUUGUCAGUGACAGCAGCGUCACAAGGAGAGGGUUCCAGGCUGAGUUCUACUCCCUCCCCUCCAAUGACAGCACCAACCUCCUUUGUCUGGUGAACCACAUGCAAGCCAGCGUGAGCAGGGCCUACCUGCAAUCCCUGGGCUUCUCUGCCUGGGACCUCGUCGUCUCUGGCUGGAAUGGGAGCUACCAGUGUCAGCGCCAGAUAACGCCAAGCCAGGUGAUAUUCACGAUUCCCUACUCGGGCUGUGGCACCGUCAAACAGGUGGACAACGACACCAUCAGCUACUCCAAUUUCCUCAAAGCCGCUGUUUCGAGUGGGGUCAUCAAGAGGAAGAAGGACCUGCACAUCCACGUGAGCUGCAGGAUGCUACAGGACUCCUGGGUGCACACCAUGUACAUUGCCAACGACACCGUCGAGGUCAACGAGGUCCAGUACAGCAACUUCAACGUGAACAUCUCCUUUUACACAUCCUCCUCCUUCUCCUACCCCGUGACCAGCAGCCCCUACUACGUGGACCUGGACCAGAAUUUGUACCUUCAGGCUGAAAUCCUGCAUUCUGACGCCUCCCUUGCCUUAUUUGUGGACACCUGUGUGGCAUCACCAGACCCCAACGACUUCACCUCUUUGACCUACGACCUAAUCCGGAGUGGGUGCGUGAGGGAUGAAACCUACCGAUCCUACGCCCAGCCAUCGCCCCGCGUCGUGCGCUUCAGGUUCAAUUCCUUCCACUUCCUGAACCGCUUCCCCGCCGUGUACCUGCGGUGUAAGAUGGUGGUGUGCCGGGCCUACGACUACUCCUCCCGCUGCUACCGGGGCUGCGUGGUGCGCUCCAAGAGAGACGUGGGCUCCUACCAGGAAAGGGUGGACGUCGUCCUGGGACCCAUCCAGCUGCUGGACCCCCCUGCAGGGAAGAAGAGCCCGGGGAAGGGGUCUCCCUGAGACCCCCACUGCCCGCGGGGCCCCUGAUGCCCAGCACUCGCUUGUUUCUGCUGGCCUCCUGUUCCACUGCGACGACAGAGCGCCCACUGUAUGCCAGGCCACACGCAUUGGACUUGACCCAGUUCCUGUCUUUCCUCAAGGCUCCCGUGUAGGGUGUGAUCAAGAGCGUUCUGGCCUGGGAGGCAGGUGGACUUGACCCCUGACCCUUUGGGAGUUCACAACCUGUGCUGUGCAUCUGUGAAAUAAAAAUGUUGAUCCUCACCUCUUAGAGCUGUUGAGAGAGAAAUAAAGUC